AUGACGACUUCAAAUAACCGCCCCGUCACCUCGCCUCGCUGGCUCGCGAACUGCCUCGAUGCCUUCGAAGCGAUAAAGCUGGCUUCACUCCAAUCCGCGCCGAAAUUGCUCGACACAUGGCUCUACGUCCCUUUCGGCAUCAUGGCGAUGCUCGCCGUCUGCUUCGGCGCAAGCGUCGUCUUCCAAACAGUCGGCGUCUCGUUCCCUGCUUCAGUUGCCUGCCUCAUUCUUCUCUUUUUCGCGUUGCUGCUAUCUGAAUUGGUGUUGGGAAACCACAAGACGAGAGCCAUCGUGGCCGUUAUCGACGUUCCUGCCGGCUGGUCCCUCCGUUGGAUCAGUGUCUUAUUCACGCCCUCCUUCAUCAUGCUACCUCUCAGUCCGUCCAUCGGUAUCCUCGAAGUAGUCAAAAUCAUCGCUGUCUUCAUCAUUGGUUUCGUGAUCAUGAUGGCCUUCGCUGCAUACUUCACUCGUAGUCUUCAACUCCUCCUCGGCUCGUCGAAACGCGCCCUCACCGAACGUGCCGAAGAAAUGGGCCACGAAACCGACGAGAUCCCCCUGGCCGAUACGCCUCCCCGUACCGACUCGACCCCCGGAUCACGGUCAAUCUCCGCUGCGCCGUCCUCUUUGUCCCUCAACACCAUCGCGCCACCGCCUCCCUCCCAGAAUGCAUCUCACAACUUUCUUCCGGCCGCGAACAACUCCCUGAGACCUUUCGAAACCGAACGCGACUCCCCGACAGGCCAGAACUCCUCCCUCCCACCUCAAGCCCCUGUCCCUCUUCCUCGUGCCCAACUCUGGGCAGCCUGGAUCUGCGCUAACCUCGACGUGGCACUCUACACGGCCAUCUUUCUCUUCGUCGGGAUUCCCAUCUACUACGCAACAGGCUACGGCAUGCCCCUCCAUCUGAGUCUCGUCGUCCUGAUGUACAUGGCGGCCCUCUCCAUCCCAGCAAACUGGCGCCAGUACCUCCACCCCGUGCUUACCUCCUCCCUCUUCUCCGUCCUGGGAAUCUGGACUCUGGCAGCGAUACGAGGUGACAGCCUGCCGACGACGCUGCACUCCUUUCGCACGGGCGCAAACUAUACCUACCUCUGGCUUCACACCAACUCCGGCCGUCUGCCCGGUGCAGGCGACAUCUUCAGCACCGUCCUCGACGCCAGUAUCGUGUCGCUGGCGCUGCCGAUGUACCAAUACCGUCGCGAGCUAAAGCAGCACUUCGUCGCCAUCGUGCUGCCCAACAUCGUCAUGUCCAUCGCCUGCCUCUUCUCGUACCCCAAGCUCUGCUACGCCAUCGGGAUCAGCGCCGAGCGGUCUCUGGCGUUUGCGUCGCGCAGCUUGACGCUCGCGCUGGCUAUCCCCGCGACGGAGAAUCUCGGGGGUGAUUUGAACACUGUGGCUGCGGUUGCCAUCAUGAGCGGCAUCGUCGGUGUGUUGUUUGGACAGCGGAUGCUGGCUUGGUUCAAGAUCCCUGAAGAUGACUACAUCACUCGGGGUGUCACGCUGGGCGCCAACUCAUCGGCCAUCGCCACGGCUUUGCUUCUUCGCUCCGACCCGCGUGCGGCUGCGCUGUCGAGCCUGUCGAUGACUUUGUUCGGCACGAUUACAGUCUUGUUUACGUCCAUACCGCCCAUUGCGAAUGUGGUCAAGGCGUUGGUUACUUGA